UGAGUACUUUUAAAGUCACUUUUCAUUCUCUUCUCUUUUCUCUCUCUCGAAUAUAAUGUCACUUGCAAAUUCAGCUAUACAAGAAGUUGAUGGCAUGGAGAAAAAUGGGGGUGGAUAUUUGAAGAGUUUAGCCAUUGGAAAAGGCCAUGAUCAAAAUCCAAAUGGUGACUUUGUGUUCCGAGACGCCACGAAUUAUCAACUCGGGCUACAACAACAACAAUCUCUCAUCAACUUCGGUCAUAAGAUGAAUAAUGAAUCUUUGUUGAGCUUUGAAGCACAAGGAAUUUGUCAAUUAGAUCUCACUUAUAAUUGGGAUGAUCAGGAACGUGUGAUGGAAGAUCCUAAUUGUUUUCAAACAGCUACAAGUCAUAAUAAUUAUAGUCCUUCAAAAGAUCAUCACCAUAAUAAAAAUGGAAAUAGUGGUUCUGUUUACGAGUGGCUUUAUUGCGAAUCAACAACUGAUUUUUCUGAUUCCAUUCAAGACGCUGAAGGAACUCAAGAGAUUGUUCCCAAUCACAAGCGAUCGCAUAGCACGGGAGAGAGCAGUGGGAGUGUAUGCAAGAAGCAAUGCACUGCUGCACCUAAGAAACAGAAACCCAAAUCAGCAACAGCCAAAGAUCCACAAAGCAUUGCAGCCAAGAAUCGAAGAGAAAGGAUUAGCGAGAGGCUGAAAAUACUCCAAGAAUUGGUUCCAAAUGGCUCUAAGGUUGAUUUGGUAACCAUGUUGGAGAAAGCAAUUAGUUAUGUCAAAUUUCUUCAACUACAAGUGAAGAUCCUAGCAACAGAUGAAUUUUGGCCAGUUCAAGGUGGGAAAGCUCCAGAUAUUUCACAAGUAAAGGAAGCCAUUGAUGUCAUUCUUUCAUCUCAAAGAGAAAGAAGCUCAAGCUCAAACACUGAAAAGUGAUCAAAUUUCUUACUUUUUUUUAUUAUUAUUGUGUUAUUACCUUCUUCUUCUUCUUCUUCUUCUUCUUGGUAGAUAGAAUUUAUGACACUAAUUUUAUAUACUUUUCAAUAAUUCAUAUUCCCUUAAGUAAUUAAUAAACUAUUCUCAUUCAACCAAAAAAAAAACAAAAAACAAAAAACAAAAAAGGGCUAAUUUGUUUUGAAAGUCAGCCAUUGUUCUGACAGCAAGAUUGGGAUCAGAAAUUAAUGUAUCCUUUCUUUCUUUUUUGUGUUGACGAAGGUGGAAAAAUUAAUGUAUCCUCUCUUUCUUUUUUGUGC